AUGUCUUACUCCUCAAUGGCAGUACGAUUCUUCACAACCCCCAAACCAUUUAGUGAUCCCAUGGAUGCCGAUACAAGCAAAAAGUGCGGGUCCAACCCCCAAGCUCACACGGUCAUGAGACCAAAUGUUUCUACUGAACAGCCUUCCUCUGAGGUUGCGGAGUUCCACACGCCUAAGAGCCAGGGCUUGACUUUUGCAAACCAGGAUUCGCUGCCUAAGCUUCCUAUUCCCGAGCUGGAGGAUACUUGUCGCAGGUACAUAGAUACUCUGCAGGGCUUGCAGAGCCCGCGUGAUCAUGAAGAGACCAGGGCCGCUGUCCGAGACUUUUUAAAGAAUGAUGGUCCACUUUUGCAAGAACGGCUUAAAACAUAUGCUGGUUCAAAGACGAGCUAUAUUGAGCAGUUUUGGUAUGAUUCCUACUUGAACUUCGAUAAUCCUGUUGUUUUGAAUCUUAAUCCAUUUUUCCUUCUGGAGGACGACCCAACUCCCGCCAGAAAUCAUCAGGUGACUCGAGCUGCAUCACUGGCAAUUUCUGCAUUGGCAUUUGUUCGAGCUGUGCGUCGAGAGGAGCUACCUCCUGAUACUGUGCGAGGAACGCCUCUUUGCAUGUAUCAAUACUCGCGCCUUUUUGGAACGGCACGUCUGCCUACUGAUAAUGGCUGUGUUAUUAGCCAGGACCCCUCGGCUAAACACAUGGUUGUUAUGUGUCGGGGGCAGUUCUACUGGUUUGAUGUCUUGGAUGACAAUAGUGAUUUGAUUAUGACAGAGAAGGAUAUCUCACUUAACCUGCAAGUCAUUGUUGAGGAUGCGGCUCAAACUCCUCUUCACGAGGCCGCCAAGGGUGCUUUGGGUGUACUCAGCACCGAGAACCGUAAAGUCUGGUCGGGGUUACGCGAUAUCAUGACCAGAGAUUCCAGAUCUAAUAACGCGGAGUGUUUGAACAUUGUCGACACGGCCCUUUUUGUCCUAUGUCUAGACGGCACAGAGCCAUCCACUACAUCCGAGCUUUGUGCAAACAUGCUUUGUGGCACAAGCGAAGUCGUCAAGGGUGUCCAGGUUGGAACCUGCACCAAUCGGUGGUAUGAUAAGCUGCAAAUCAUCGUCUGCAAGAACGGCAGUGCAGGCAUCAACUUCGAGCAUACCGGUGUGGAUGGCCACACGGUGCUACGCUUUGCCAGCGAUGUGUACACCGACACUAUCCUCCGCUUUGCAAGGACAAUCAACGGCCAAUCCCCAAGCCUUUGGGCAACCAGCAGCCCCGACCCAGUGAAGCGUGACCCUCAAAGUUUCGGAAACGUCAGCACGACACCGCGCAAACUAGAAUGGGAUAUGACACCCGAACUUAACAUCGCGCUCCGCUUCGCCGAAUCCCACCUUUCCGACCUGCUCUGCCAACACGAAUUCCAAGUCCUAGACUUUGAAGGCUUUGGCAAAAACUUCAUAACCUCAAUGGGCUUCUCUCCAGAUGCAUUCAUCCAGAUGGCCUUCCAGGCCGCCUACUAUGGCCUGUAUGGCCGAGUCGAGAACACCUACGAACCAGCCAUGACAAAGAUGUUCCUACACGGACGCACUGAAGCGAUACGCACCGUAACGCCCGAAUGCAUAGACUUUGUCACAGCAUUUUGGGAUGAGAACGCGGCCGAACAAAAGGUCGACGCUCUCCGCAUCGCUUGCAAAAAGCAUACAGAUGCCACCAAGGAAUGUUCAAAGGGCCAAGGCCCAGACCGCCACCUCUACGCCCUCUACUGCCUCUGGCAGCGUUCCUUUGACGAAGGCCUUUUCCCAGACACCAGCUCAACAGGCGGAUACUCCAGUCCUGGUGAAACGCAAUCUCAAACCCAAAGCCAGGGUCCCGAAUCACUAAAACUCUCUUCUUCCCCUUCAGACGAUGGCCUCUCUUCACCGGCAAGCAGCGCGCGCGCCUACCGUACAAUGUCCGCGCCCACGCCCGCGAUCUUCGCCGAUGCCGGCUGGGACAAGAUCAACAACUCCGUGCUGUCGACCUCGAACUGCGGAAACCCGUGUCUGCGGCACUUCGGCUUCGGGCCCACAUCCGCUGACGGCUUCGGUAUCGGCUACAUCAUCAAGGAUGACUCGAUCUCAAUCUGCGCGAGCUCCAAGCACAGACAGACAUCACGUCUUAUGCACACGCUUGAGUCGUAUCUGUUUGAAAUUCGCAAGUUGUUGCGUGCGACGAAUCGCAAGGCGACAAGUCCACGCACUAGUCGGGCGAGAGAGACUGAGGCACUUGCGGAACGGUUGCAGUCGGAGUCACAUCGGCGUGGUCGACUUGUAAGAGGUGGGGGUGCUCAGGGUGCUGAUACGCCUACUUCCGCUGCUGAUAGUGGCUUUACGGAGGAUGAUGGAAUGGGAGGAUAUGGCUUCUUUGAUGCCGGAAUGCUUCUUCAUGCACUCAAAGGCCUUGAUGUGGAACGGGAACAACGCGGCGAGAAGCCUGCUAGGCGGAGGGCUCAAGAGCGGGCAACACCCGAUGCAUCCGCGAUCUAUGUCCCAGGAAAUCAAACAGCCAAAGCCAUCGAAGAAGCCAUUGAAGCGGAAAUCCCGCUCGUUGUGGCGGUGGCGGAAUAUGUGCCAAUCCACGAUAUCCUUCGGAUCCAUUCUACGCUUCAAACGCAAUCCAAAACCCGUCUGGUAGGUGCAAACUGCCCAGGCAUUAUAUCCGCCAUUGGAAAAUGCCGAAUCGGCUUUCAGCCAUUGCCUUGCUUCGCGCCGGGCAAUGUCGGUAUCGUGGCUAAGUCUGGGACAUUGAGCUUUGAGACUGUUGCGUCAACAAGUCGGGCUGGGCUUGGUCAGAGUCUUUGUAUUAGUAUGGGUGGCGAUGUGUUGGCUGGCACAAACUUUAUCGAUGCCCUGAAUCUCUUUGAGAAUGAUCCUGAGACUCAGGGUAUUAUCCUGGUUGGUGAAGUUGGGGAAACGGCGGAGAUGGAUGCUGCUGAGUGGAUCAAGGACUAUCGACGGAGGGACUGUGGAUCCCAAGUAAGUUAUCGUUCCUUUUACUUGAUUGGUUUUGUGGGCUUUUGGAGGGCAAUUGUGACAUUGGAUAGGCCUAUUAUGGCCCUUGUUGCGGGGUUGGAAGCACCACCUGGACGGAUUAUGGGACAUGCCGGUGCCUGGGCUGCGCCUGGGGAACCAGAUGUGGAAACUAAAUAUCAAGCGCUGGAACGUGCUGGCACGGUCAUGGUUAACCAUCCCGAGAAGUUCGGCGAAGGAAUGAAGACUUUGUUUGCGAACCAGUCUAGCCGGCUGGGUGUCAGUCAAAGUUCACAAAUACGUCGGCUCCAUACCACGGGACGAAGUACGCCAAUCUCGAUACCGACGGCUGAAUGUAAGCGUAGUCUGUACAUCAAGCAGUUUCAAGCAUUCGAUAUCCUCAAGCAGAGGUCUAUCCCGGUGAAUGAGUCGGCUUCUAGCUUUGAUGGUUCUGUUUCUGUGUCCAUCACAGUCGACCGAACAGCUUUAUCGCCAUGCAUCGUUGCCUCGCCGACUUCAGACUUUAACCCAUCUUUGUCGAAGAUAUUUCCAUUUCCUUACACUCAACCCGAGUUUGAGAGCUCUAUCGUUGCUGCUGUUGCCUUACAUUUGCGCCUCCCAGACUCGUCUCACAAGCAGCUUGCAGGCAUUAUACCGGCACUUUGGGAAAUUUACAAGGAAAAGGAGGCCUUUACGCUGGAGACGCAGAUUGGCAUAUCCACUGCUGGUACUUUUGAGAUCUAUGAGGAGGUUGAAGCCGAACAGCAUGGAAUUGUUUACGUCAAGUUGGAAGGCGAAGGUAGCAUUGGCACACUUGUUAAUGGAGCCGGUCUUGCCAUGAACACGGUCGAUGCCCUCACUAUCUACGGCGGCCACUGCGCAAACCUCCUUGACACUGGUGGUAAAGCCACUUCGGAGACUGUCAAAACGUCAUUUCGCGUGAUUUGCUCUGACGCGCGCGUCAAGUCCAUUUUUAUUGCGGGGAGUGGCUUUCCAUUACAUGCAUUUGAUGGAUUCGAGGAGGCGGCAAAGAAGGUCAUCACCUUGGCCAAGGGUCAAUAG